AUGACUGUCAAGAACUACGACGCUCCCAAACCAACCCACGACAGUGUUGUUGUUGAUGGGGUUCUGCAGUGGCCUUCUACCGGGAUCAACGUUCUGAUCGUCGGCGGUGGCCCAGCAGGCUACUUGACGGCCCUUGAGUGUUGGAGAAAGGGACACAACGUUAGCAUUCUAGAGAAGAGCGAGCAGAACUCGACAAUCGCAUGGACCACGUUGAAAUACUACCCGACCCUGCUGAAGGACUACCACGAUCAUUCAUGGGACAACUUCUGCUCCUUCCGCAGACUUGAUGGUAGUCUCAUUGCGCCGCCACAAGAAUUCGAGUACAACAGGUCUGAUGUGCCGCACCAUGCCGCCUGGCCCCUGAGAGUGAGAGGCAUGGUCAGCCGUCCAGGGCUGAAUGAGAUCUUUUACCAGCAGUGUCGACGUCUAGGCAUCCCCGUAACAUUCGGUGUGAACAUCGUUGACUACACGGAAGACUCCAAUGGCGGAGUUGCCAGCACUGUCGCUGAUGAUGGCCGCACAUUUACAGCGGAUGUUGUCGUUGCUGCUGAUGGCCUGGGCACCAAGUCGCACAAAGCCGUUAUGGGAGAGGUGAUCCGGGCUGUGUCGACUGGUUUCGUAAUUUGCCGAAUCUUCUACCGCCUGGACCCAGAGAAGAACACUGCUCUGCAUCAAACGCUCGCGGCACUCAAGAGGCCUGACAUGAGAGCCUACUCGGGGUAA